AUGGAGCAAGACUACAAAGCCCGUAAAGAGGCUUUCGUGUCAGACCUCUCCGGUGGAGAUAUCAACGAGAUCAACGCAGUUGCUCUCGUGGCGUCGGUGUCGGCACUACUAUGGGCAACCCUGCAGUCGCGCCUCUCUUUUUUUACACCCUAUACUCCUGCGGCGCUUUUUGUCGAUUUCCUUCUCAAUGUCGGCGCCAUUCUGUUUUCGACCACGAUAUACUCGGCCUCUCCUCUCCUGCUCAAUUUACUUCUCCUUACCCCGGUCGUUCUUAUCCUCUUGAAUUCGUGGUCAGCCCGUCCACGACAAAAACAAGCGAAGCCCUCGCGGCCGAACCAACACCAGAAUGCGGUCGGUUCAAGCAAGUCGGACAAGGGAAAGAAAGGCCCGGAAUCCUCUCCGGUACAUCCAUUUCUCACCACUUAUCGAGCCGCAAUGAUGGUGGUAACGUGCAGCGCCAUUCUGGCGGUGGACUUUCCAAUUUUUCCUCGCCGAUUCGCCAAAGUCGAGAAUUGGGGUACGUCGCUUAUGGAUUUGGGGGUUGGAUCCUUCGUCUUCUCAGCUGGCGUCGUGUCUGCCAGGUCCAUUCUCAAAGAUCAAGCUGCGGGAGCAUUUCAACAGUCGAAUAUUUUUCGGAGAUUGGCAGCUGCAUCUCGACACUCCAUACCUCUACUAUUAUUAGGCUUGAUACGCCUGUAUAGCGUCAAGGGUCUUGAUUAUGCCGAGCAUGUAACAGAGUAUGGCGUACACUGGAAUUUCUUCUUUACGCUUGGCUUUCUGCCUCCCUUCGUGGAAAUUUUCCACUCAUUGUACUCCAUCAUCCCGUCAUACGAGAUCUUGGCUCUGCUUACGACCACGGUUUAUCAAGUCGCAUUGGAAUCUACGGACUUGAAAGCUUACAUUCUGAUCUCGCCGCGUGGUCCCGACCUACUUUCUAAAAACCGUGAAGGUGUAUUCUCCUUCAUCGGAUACCUCGCCAUUUUCCUGGCUGGUCGUGCUAGUGGCCUGCGAAUUAUUCCUCGAGGCACGGCCGACAACAAACCCGCUUCAGCACAACAAGCUAGGAGACGUGUGCUGAUAUCGCUAGCCAUCACGGCUAUUGGCUGGACAGUGCUCUUCAUAUUUAACUCCACGCCAGCCAUGGGAUACGGUGCCCGUAUUCCUGUAUCCCGUCGCUUGGCAAAUAUGCCUUAUGUGUUCUGGGUAUCUGCAUUCAACAAUGCGCAGAUCUUUCUAUUCUGUCUCAUAGAAACAUUACUUUUCCCGACCGUGCACAAGGUCAUUGACAGAGAGACAGAGGCAGAGAAGAGUAAAUUCGCAACAAGUCCAAUCAUGGCGGCAUUUAACAAUAAUGGGUUGGCUGUUUUCCUGGUUGCGAACUUGCUUACCGGGGCUGUGAAUUUGUCGUUCAAUACUCUGGACGCCAAUGCAUGGCAGUCGAUGGCUAUUCUGAUUGCUUAUAUGGUUUUAGUCACUGCUUUUGCUUUGGGCUUGCAGGUGUCGGGGCUGAAGUUGAAGAUAUAG